GUUCAUUGAAUUGCUAAAACUUUCUAAAACAGGAUUUUAAUUAGUGACAUUCAAAACCCAGCCCCCAAGUCAACAAAGCUAUAAGGUGAACUGCUGGAGGAGCCCAGCUCUGCACACGCGGGGCAGGAGCCCUCCAGCUCUGCACGACCCAAAAGAGGAUGUCUCCCAGCCUUCGGGAAGGUGCUCAGCUCAGGGAAACCAAGCCCUCAUCCUGCUCCUUCUCAAUUGAGAGCAUUUUAGGACUGGACCAGAAAAAAGAUUGCGUACCGUCAAUAAGACCCCACAGACCGUGGGCAGACACCUGCGGCGACUCAGAGAAAUGUGGCAACCCAUGCCUACAUGCCCCGGAUCUUCCCAGCGAGAUCUCAUUUCCUUGUCCCGUGGAUCACCCAAUGCCAGAAGAGAGGGCUUCGAAAUACGAAAAUUAUGUUUCAGCCUCAGAAACACUCUCUUUGAAAAGGGAAUUGAGUUGGUACAGAGGACGAAGACCAAGAACUGCUUUUACCCAAAGUCAGGUUGAAGUAUUGGAAGAUGUCUUCAGAGUGAACUGCUAUCCUGGCAUUGACAUCAGAGAGGACUUAGCUCAGAAGCUGAAUCUAGAGGAAGACAGAAUCCAGAUUUGGUUCCAAAAUCGCCGGGCAAAGCUGAAAAGGUCCCGUAGAGAAUCACAAUUUCUAAUGGCAAAAAAAGCCUUCAACACAGAUCUGAAAUAGCCAAAAAAUUACACAUGUGAACUUCUCUUCCAAUUGCAGAACACAAGGAACCAACGGAAAUAUCAAGUAUUUAAAAUGUUACCAUUUCUUUCCUGUACCUAAUCUGAAAUUGUCAUUCCUUCUGAAAGUAUUGCAAAAUAAGUAUGAUUCUAGCAUAGUACAUAUUAUAACUGGACAUUUUUAGUUAUUAUGAAGAAACCUUUCCUAUAUAUUUUAAUAAAUUUUUAAAGAAAUGAUAGCUAUUUUAAUAUACUUUUCUUUGAGAAUUUUGUAGCUGUAUAUAAUAUAUUUUAAUCAUAUCCAUCCCUUCUCCUUCCCCUAACACUUCUCAGGUGCACCCCAUUCUCCCCACUUCCUCCCAACUUCAACACUAACAACAAUAUUUCCAAACGAGUAAAGCUAAUCUAAUAAAUUAAUAUGUGCACUAAAAUCACUAAGCUCAUACAUAAACUAAGAGAUCCCGCAGAAGGGAUGCGACUAACAAAGUAUUUUAAAAGUAGAGCAAUAAAAAAAGAAGGGUCCAAUUUAGUUCAAUUAGUUUCUUUUCAUCUUGAGACGCAGUUGUACAUAUCUAUAUCAUAGGGUGAGUUGUGAACCUUCUGUUGAUUUCUGGCCCUGUGUUCAAACAAGUCCUUACAGCCCACCAAUUUCAAGGUUUUUGUUUGUUUGUUUUGGUUUGUUUGUUUUAAGUCAUCAUGACAAAGUACAGAUCUAAGACCCUCAGCUCUCCCAGUCCCAUCACUGUAUUGUACUGCCGAAAAGAAUCAAGCUGCAGGGCUGGUGAGACAGUCCACAAGGUAGAGGCACUUGCUGCCAUGCCUGGAGGCCCAGGUUCCAUCAGUCCCCCAGAUCCCACAGGACAGAAAGAGAAAACCAAUACUUGAAAGUGGUUUUCUGAUCUUCACACAUGCACAACACACAUGUGUACUCACAUGUGCGUCCGUCCACACCAUGAGUAAAUAAGUGUGACUUUAGCGAUUUAAAAGUGAGUGAGUUUGCAGAUUAGAUGCGAAUUUUAAGCAGCUUCCAGGUUCGUUUGCUGUGCUCUUCUUUUGUUGUUUUAAGUGACAGGAAUCGUCUUGUUGUUUCUGUGUCCAAUCACUACACGCCUCGGGACCACGCUGCAUGGACUGGCUUUUUGGAUGUGCCCUGACACAGCUCCUGGAAAUAACCAGGGCACUUUCUGUGGACAAACCAUACCUGCCACCUGAAGAUAAAGUGAGGAGAGACGUGACAAUAAGGGAGUCCUCUCCUCUUAAAAACUAACAAACAAACGAACAAAAAUCCCUAGGUAUUUGUCUCCCAGUUAAUGAAAAAACCUGUGGGUAGGUUUUUGUUUAGUUUUGAAAAGUUGGUU